AUGAAAAUAAAAUACAUAUUAUUGCUUGUAAUUUGCUUGCUCAGCUUUUGCACCUCAUAAGAAACAAACUUAAAAUAAAAAUUACCUGAAGAAACAAAUGGAGAUACAGAAGAAGGUGAGACUAUUGAAGAAAAUAAUAAAAAUUAUGAGGAAGACUUGGAAAGAUAAAGAAGAGAAGAAGAGGAUGGUGAUGACGAUGAUGAUGGUGCAAUAGAUUUGGAUUGUUAGUAUAAUCCAAAGACAAAUUUAGUUGAAUGUUAUACCAAGGAAGACUUAUAAGAAAUAAACGACAAAAAGGAUGAUGCUAAUGAAAACAAAAACUAAAAAGUUGAAGAAGAAUAAAAUUUGAGUGAGACUAUUGAAGAAAAUGAUGAGGAAGAAAGUAGAGAAGAAGACAAGGAUGGUGAUGACGAUGAUGAUGGUGCAAUAGAAUUAGAUUGUUAGUAUAAUCCAGAGACAGAUUUAAUUGAAUGUUAUGACAAGGAAGACUUAUAAGAAAUAAACGACAAAAAGGAUAAUGCUAAUGAAAACAAAAACUAAAAAGUUGAAGAAGAAUACAAUUUGAGACAUGGUGAUGAAGAGGGAAAUAGCAAUGAAGAAAUUGAAAAUUUAGAUAUAGAGAAAACUGAAGAUUAAAAAACCUAUAUAUCAAUAAUAUCAUUUACCUUUUUAGGAUUAUUCUAAAUAUUAUUUUGA